ACUACAAAUGAAUGGUGAAGUGAUAAUAAGUAAAAAUUGAUAAAUUUAUAUAAAAAUUUUAAAUAAAUUAAAUAAAAACAAUUAGAAAUAAAACUUUUUAUAACAAGAAAAAACCAUUAAAAAAUGAAGGGUGUUACCCUGAUAAUAGUGCUGCUAAGUGCAGUAAUAACACAACAUCAUUAUGGCUUUGCUAUGGAUGCAACAGCGGCGGCGCAAACUGCUACUUGCUCUUUAAAGGAUAACUGUAAUAUAGAGGAUAAUUUAUUAAGUGUGGCAGGAGAGGGAGGAGAUCAAUCGCCUAGCAGUCAAUUGGAAAAUAAAAUUGCUUCUUUAUUUGAGGAUAAGGUUAAUUAUAGUUUGAAAUUUUUUGCCGAAGAAACCAUAAUCGAAUACAAUGCUUUAGAAAGAAAUCUCAGUAAUAUGGCAGCCAAUUUUACACUCAAACAAAUUGAAUUAGAAAACGAGCAGGCAGAUGAUAUAGAAGAAAAUGAAAGAGAAUACAUUUACAACAUUGGCCAGAAAUUCAUAUCGAUAGCUCAACCUUUUGAUGCUUCACGAAAUCCCGAGGCUUCGGAAUUGUGUCGUUUACAUACCCGACAAUAUUUGGAAAGUUUACAGAAUUUCGAUUUGUGGGCUUUGAGAAUGCACGAUUCCACUGGUAAAUUUACAUCGGGCAUACUUAAUGGCAACAUAAAUCAGCCUGGUGAUUUUGAUCAAUGUAUGAGAAUCAAGUAUCAAAUGAAAGCAGCUAAAAGCGGGAAUAAAGAUGGAGCUAAUGUUGAUGCUAAUAAUGCUGAAGUUGAGGCAAUAAUUGAUGGUGAUGCAGGUGAUGAAAUCAAGGGACAAUAUUGUUUGGCAUAUGCACAACCGGUAUUGCCACACAAAUCGAAACGUUUACAGAAAUUUUUCAAACUAUUACAAUCCCAUGGACCGUUUCAAAGUGAAUUCGAUGAUGAAAUGCCCGUUGAUGCUGUCAUAUUGUUAAGAAUCUCUUUAACACUGUAUUCCACAUCUUUGUUGCUGCACGAUGAUGGCACACAAAUGCCCCAAUUGACGAGAGAUUCCGCUUUCAGCAUUGUUCCCCCACUAGCUGCUCUCAUUUUAUUCUGUACCUAUAUUUUACCUAUGUGGGGUUCAGGACCUCAAUGGAAUCUCGUUGUUGGUCAUCAUGCUGAUAUUUGCAAAAAGAAUUGGUGGCGUAACUUGUUGUUCAUACACAACUAUUUCGGUUUUAGUGAAAUGUGCUUAACACACACUCAUCAUUUGGGUAUUGAUACUGAAUUGUUUGCUGUUGCUCCCAUUAUGAUCUUAGCUAUGUGGAAAUGGCCACGUAAGGGUAUGACAACUUUGUUGGUAUUGUGUUUCAUUGGUACAGCCGCCCGUUACUAUACGACUGUGGUAAAUGAAUUGUCCAAUUAUAUUUAUUUCGGCACAAACAUUCAAAGACUUUUCCGCACUGCUGACUAUAUGUAUUCCUUCCCACCCAUGCGUUCUACUGUUUAUAUUAUGGGCAUUUUCUUGGGUUAUGGUUUACGUCAAUUCCGCAAUAUUCGCUUGAGUAGAAACCAAUUGAGAUUGGGUUGGUUUGUCUCCAUAAUUUGCUUGGUGGCUUCUAUAUUGGGCCCUGCUCCUAUGGGUGAUAUUAACUAUACUUACAAUUCUACUCAUGCUGCUAUUUAUGCCGCCUUUGCUCCCAUUGCUUGGUGCAUAUUCUUCUGUUGGGUGGUAUUUGUUUCACACAAUGGUUAUAAGAAUGGCAUAACAAAAUUCUUUUCCUGGAGAGGUUUCCAAGUGUCUACCAAACUGUCCUAUGCCAUAUAUUUAACACAAUUCCCCAUAUUCUUCUUUAAUGUAGGACGUCGUCGUCAUAUUCAUCAUUAUUAUAAUUUUGUAUCUAUUAUUCUUGAUACCAAUGAAUACAUUUGCAUAUUCUUGGCCUCUGUAGCCUUAACAGUUCUUUUCGAUGCACCCUUCCAAAAUAUCAAGAAAAUCCUAAUAAAACGUCCCUCAACAGCCAGCUCAACAGCCAUUACCAAAGUUUCGCCUAACGAAAUAAACUCGAGUAAAAGCACUAGCAGCACUAUCACCAGCCCUAUUGAAACCUGUGAUGACAAGACAUUAGAAUCGUCUGUAAAACAUUUACAUUCCGAUUAAAAUGUUUGUUUAUUUGUACAUAUUGUAUUUAGUAGUUUUAAAUUUUAUUUAAAUUAAUUUAAGAAAUUUUUCAUAUAAAUUAAGUAUAAUUUUCCUGUACAUAUAUAUAAACAAACUCAAAAACGAAAACGAAAAACUUAAGCUAAUAACGGUUUACAAACAUAUAACUCAGAAUUUACAAGCAUACUUUUAGGCUUGUGCUACUAAACAUCCAAGUUUAUGUCAUGACAUUUUCAUGUACCGUCAUUUUUGCCUUUUUGUUUUCCCUUUAUCAUUCCAUAUUGUUAUCUAUUAAGUUUGGAAACAAAAAAAAAACAUCUUAGUCACUUUUUUAUUAUUUUGUAUUUAACAUUUAAUGUAUUUUAUUUGUAUAAUUAUUUGUAUAAGCCAUAAAUGUUCAAAAGAAUUUAUAAAAAAAUCAUCAUAAUUAAAUUAAAUAAUCUAUGUAUUUAAUUUUUAGUUAAUGAAAAUUUUAGCUAUAAAAUGGUUUAAACAAAUUUGAAAUGUAUACAAAACAAAGGCUUAGAAUUUAAAGUUGUAUUAAAUUAAUUAUAAAAAUAAACGAAAAACUAAUGUUUUAAAACAAA